GAAUAUUAAAAGCAUAUCAUAGAUGCUGACAGAUUCGACCAAUAAAAAUCAUAGAUGCUGAUAAGAGAGUACGAAAACGCUGUCGUUUAACACGUAACUUUCUCAAAAAUUCCAAAAAAGAGAUGUCAAAAAGGUCUUCUCAGAAUCCAAACCGUCAUACAUGGUUUAAGCUCCCCCCCCAUCGAUUCCUUCAAAUCGCCGGAUCUUCUCGAUUCCGAUUCCCUUCUCCCUCCCUGAUCCCGUGUUUCAAAGGAUAUCCGGCGAUUUGGUGGAUGCGUGGAGAAGGGUUUGUAGAAAAGCUUCUCUCUUUUGGUUUUAGAGUUUGUGGGUUAAUGGUUGAAGAGAGAAAGAUAGGGUUUUGAAAAAGGUUUUGUUGGAGAUUGCUUAAAAGCAUACGACUAUGGAUGAAGAGGCUUCUUCUUGGAUUAGGAGGACUAAGUUUUCUCAUACUGUUUCUUACCGUCUCAACUCCUCAAAGCUAGCCUCUUUCCCUCUUAAGGUCAACCAAGAGAAUGUUUCUCAACUUAAAACAAUCCCCCAGAAGUUGGUUUCAAGUAGUUCACCGAAUGUAUGUGUUGUUGUUGAGACAGAAGUACAGACAAACCCUGUAACUAAUAAACAGAGAUCCGUCUCUCCUUCCCCUCAGAUGGCUCUCCCUGAUGUCUUUAAGGAAGCUAGGUCUGAGCGUAAGAGAUUCUCUACUCCGCAUCCGAGGAGAAUGGACUCUGAAAAGGGAAUGAAGGUUAAGUUAUCUCAUAAAGACUCCUUUGAGAAGAGGAGAUCGUUCAACUUGCGGUCUCCUUCGGUUCCCAUCAGAGAUCUUAGCACUCUGAGGAUUCAAGAGAGGGUGAGCAAGAGCAAGAAGGACACAGGGUGGUCUAAGCUUUUUGAUAACGGUAGUGGUCGUAGAGUCAGUGCUGCUGAAGCUUCUGAGGAGUACCGUAUCGAUAUGUCGAAGCUCUUCUUUGGGCUUAGGUUUGCUCAUGGGCUGUACAGCCGACUGUACCAUGGAAAGUAUGAAGAUAAAGCUGUUGCUGUGAAGCUUAUCACUGUCCCUGAUGAUGAUGAGAAUGGAUGCUUGGGAGCACGGUUAGAGAAACAGUUCACCAAGGAAGUCACCCUCUUGUCUCGGUUGUCUCAUCCAAAUGUUAUCAAGUUUGUGGGAGCGUAUAAAGAUCCACCUGUAUACUGUGUCCUCACUGAGUAUUUACCUGAAGGAUCUUUAAGAUCUUUUCUACACAAGCCUGAGAAUAGGUCUCUUUCUUUAAAGAAGCUGAUAGAGUUUGCUCUGGACAUUGCAAGAGGGAUGGAAUAUAUCCACUCACGGCGCGUAAUUCAUCGAGAUCUUAAGCCGGAAAAUGUAUUGAUCGACGAAGACUUCCAGUUGAAGAUCGCUGACUUUGGCAUAGCGUGCGAGGAGGAGUACUGUGACAUGUUGGCUGAUGAUCCAGGGACUUACAGAUGGAUGGCACCUGAAAUGAUUAAACGGAAACCACACGGGAGAAAGGCUGAUGUGUAUAGCUUUGGACUCGUUUUAUGGGAAAUGGUAGCUGGAGCAAUCCCUUAUGAGGACAUGAAUCCUAUUCAAGCUGCUUUCGCAGUCGUGCACAAGAACAUUAGGCCGGCUGUUCCGGGAGAUUGUCCAGCAGCAAUGAAAGCUCUGAUAGAGCAGUGUUGGUCGGUUGCGCCGGAUAAGAGACCUGAGUUUUGGCAGAUUGUGAAAGUGCUUGAAGAGUUUGAGGAUUCGCUGGAACGUGAAGGGUGCUUGAAUCUGAGUUCAAACAAGAUUUGCAAGGAUCCAAGGAAAGGUCUGAAACAUUGGAUUCAGAAACUUGGUCCGGCACAAGGAGGAGGGGGCAGCAGCAGCAGUGUUCUUGGUGGAUCGGCUUUGCCUAAGCCUAAAUUCGCUUGAGAGAUGUUGUAAGAGUGUCUUUUUGUAAAUUUAUAUGUAAAAUGCAAAACAAAAGGUUUUGUAUUUGUGAUGUGUUGUAUGAUCCUGUCCUGUUUUUGUGGGUUGUGAUGUGAUCUGUAAUCUUUCAUCUUCUUCUCUAGAUUUGCUGUGUAAUGACAAUCAAACUGGGGAAUGGUUUUGUGAUUCGAUGUUUAUGGGAUUCACUAA